CCAGCCUCUUUGUUUCUUGUUCCUAACGUUUUUCAGUAACAGCCUCUCAUUUGCCCCCCAUCUUCCAUUGCUCCCUCUACUCUCUCUCUGGUGAGCGAGCAAUGGAGAUGGCCAUCGGUUUCCACAGCUCACCCACUCCUUCCGUCUAUAUGAUAAACCCUAACCCUAACCCUAGGGGUAGUUUCAGUUUCUCUUCUCCUCGUUUCACGAACCAAUUCUUUGGUCGCACCUUAUCUUCAUCUUUAAUCACCAAGAAACCCUUCAAACUACAUUCGACGAACUCAAUUGGCCCUGCAAUCAAAUGUGCAGUUUCCGAGGCUACAGAAUUCUCCGCUGAGAAAAAGAGCCAAUUAAUGAGGAGAAGGGACAUAAGGAAUAUAGCUAUUGUUGCGCACGUCGAUCAUGGAAAGACGACAUUAGUGGAUGCAAUGUUGAAGCAAGCAAAGGUAUUUCGUGAAAAUCAAUUUGUACAGGAAAGGAUAAUGGACUCAAAUGAUCUAGAACGUGAAAGGGGAAUUACAAUACUUAGCAAAAACACAUCAAUCUUUUAUAAAGAUACAAAAAUAAAUAUAAUUGAUACUCCAGGGCACUCUGACUUUGGAGGAGAAGUGGAACGCAUCCUCAAUAUGGUGGAGGGUGUUCUUCUAGUGGUAGAUUCUGUUGAGGGUCCAAUGCCACAAACAAGAUUUGUUUUGAAGAAGGCUCUGGAAUUCGGCCAUGCCGUCGUUGUUGUUGUUAAUAAGAUUGAUCGACCUUCCGCUCGUCCAGAUUUUGUCAUGAAUUCCACUUUUGAACUCUUUAUUGAACUAAAUGCAUCAGAUGAACAGUGUGAUUUUCAAGUAAUAUAUGCAAGUGGUAUUAAGGGAAAGGCAGGACUUUCUCCUGAAAAUUUGGCAGACGAUCUUGGACCACUAUUUGAGUGCAUAAUGAGAUGCAUACCAGGACCACAAAUCGACAAAGAUGGUGCACUUCAAAUGCUUGUCACAAAUAUUGAGUUUGACGAACAUAAAGGACGAAUUGGUAUUGGGCGUUUGCAUGCUGGGGUUUUGAAGAGAGGAACAGAUGUGCGAGUAUGCACCUCAGAAGACUCAUGCAGAUAUGGAAGAGUUAGUGAACUUUUUGUGUACGAGAAAUUCAAUAGGGUUGCAGCAGAAACUGUAGAAGCUGGUGAUAUAUGUGCUGUCUGUGGUAUUGAUGAUAUUCAGAUUGGGGAAACAAUUGCUGAUAAAAUUUGUGGGAAGCCAUUACCUGCCAUUAAGGUUGAAGAACCUACAGUGAAGAUGGCAUUUUCUAUUAACACAGCACCCUUUGUUGGCCGUGAGGGGAAGUACGUUACUAGUAGAAACCUAAGGGAUCGGCUCUACCGUGAGCUUGAGCGGAAUUUAGCCAUGAGAGUUGAAGAUGGUGAAACUGCUGAUACGUUCAUUGUUAGUGGACGCGGUACUUUACAUAUUACUAUACUGAUAGAGAACAUGCGAAGGGAAGGAUAUGAAUUCAUGGUGGGACCCCCCAAAGUAAUCAACAAAAGGGUGGAUGACAAGUUGCUGGAACCUUAUGAGGUUGCCACUGUGGAGGUACCAGAAGAACACGUGGGCCCUGUGGUCGAACUUCUCGGUAAAAGGCGUGGGCAGAUGUUUGAUAUGCAAGGACUUGGGUCGGAAGGAACAACAUUACUCAAGUAUAAGAUACCAACCCGUGGCCUUCUUGGAUUGAGGAAUGCAAUUUUAACAGCUUCUCGAGGCACGGCAAUUCUUAACACAAUAUUUGAUAGCUAUGGACCUUGGGCUGGUGAUAUCAGUACCCGUGAUCAGGGUUCAUUGGUUGCAUUUGAGGAUGGAACCACAUCAUCUUAUGCACUUUGUAGUUCACAAGAAAGAGGGCAGAUGUUUGUUGGCCCUGGUAUAGAUGUUUAUAAAGGUCAAAUAGUAGGCAUUCAUCAGAGGCAAGGUGACCUAUCGUUAAAUGUGUGCAAGAAAAAGGCUGCAACCAAUGUACGGUCUAACAAAGAACAAACAGUGGUUCUUGAUACCCCAUUGGAUUUUAGUCUGGAUGACUGCAUAGAGUACAUUGAAGAAGAUGAACUGGUCGAGGUUACUCCCUUGAGUAUCCGAAUGUGUAAAAAUCCCAAGUUUGGAAAGAAGAUGAGAUAAGUGCUCAAUUAUAGACAACACCAUGAGGAUUUGUUGGCUUAAUUCAUGCCAUAUACCAGUGUGAUCUUUGAAGGGCACUAUAAAAGUGAAGCAUUCUACAACCGGCAAUUCAGAUAGUUGAAUUAAUUAGAUAAAGGUAAGCAAGUUUUCCUUAUUCAAUGGAUGUAUGUAAAAGUAUAGAAUUAGUUGUAUUACUGAAAAAUGUUACAAUAGUGAAAUUGCGAGGUAGAGAAACUAGUCCUCUGAUUUUCAUCUAUUUGUGACCCCAUUUUCCCAAAUGAGUUGCAAAUAGUACAUAUUAAAUUUCACAGCAUUCUAAUAUCAGAUAUAGAUCACAGGACAUUUACAGUUCUCCAGGAUUUUGUCUCAUGAAGAAAUAAACAGAGUUGAUGAGAAUGGUUCUGUAUAAGAUGUUGAAAUUUUUAUUUGGAA